AUGAAUAUUUCAAUUAAGGAAAGUUUAGAACAUGUAUGUGACGUUUUUAAUUAUUUCGGAAUUGAAUAUAUCACAGCUGAAUUAUUAAGGAGAGGAAAAAAUGAUAAAAAAGUGAAAAGAAGAAAAGUUAUUAUAAAAUACUGCUUUUUAAUAAAUGAUUUAUGCCUUUUACAUUUUUUUGAAUUUAAAAGAAAAUUUAAACCUAUCUAUAAUGAAUAUGUAAAAAAAGAAAUUUUAAAAGUAGAAGAAAAAUUCAUAAAAAAUAAUAAAAGAAAAAAUGAUAUGAAUGAAAAGAAAGAGGAUAUGGAAGAACUAGAAGAUGAUGAUGAUGAUGAAGAAUAUUUCUAUGAAGAAUUAGAUGAAGAUGUUAAUUAUUUUGAGAAUUUUUAUAUAAUAUCACCAUUAGUGAUAAUUUUAUUAGAAUAUUUUCAAUAUCCUAGAUUAUAUCAAUUGAUUAAAUGCAAUUUUCAAAUGGCAAAGGAAUUAUUAUUAUGUAUUGGUUUUAUAAUAGAUAGUAUAAAAUUAUUUGAAAAUUUUGACAAAAGGCAACCAUUUUAUGAAAAUUUUUUUCAGAAUCUUUCCAAUAAUAAAAAAAACAUAAAUAAAUUAAUAGAAAAAGUAGAUGAACAUAACAAUGAAGAAUAUGAAUUCUAUCAUUAUAUUAACGAAGCAAUGCUUUUACUUUCUAACAGACCUUAUGAUAUGGAAGUUUUUGAAUGCAAAUAUUUUUAUAAUUUUUUACAAAAAUUGAAAAAGAAAAGAAUAGAUAAAGAUGAAAUAAAUAAUGCAGAAAUAAAAAAACAGAGUAAAAAGGAGCAUGAACAAAACGAAGAAGAUUUGCUAUUCAAAAAAAGAACAAAAAAGGAAGAAGGAGAAGAAAAAGAAAAAGAAAAAGAACACAUAGAUGAUGAGGAAGAGAAAGAAGAAAAUUUUACUUUAGAUGAAUAUGUGCAUUAUGACUACUCUAAAUAUCAAGAAAAUUUUCUAAAGUUUUAUAGUAAUAAUAAGGAUAAUGAUGGAAAUGAUCUGUAUUUUGAUGACAAUAAUAAUAUAUAUUUAAUGAAUAUUACAAGAAAUAUUAAUAAAAAUUGUAAUAAAUUAAUACAGUUACAAAAUAAAAUAUUAUUAAAUGUAAAUAAAUUACAGAAUUAUGACAAAAAUAGAUUAAUGUUAUUUUAUAAAUUUAACGAGCUAAUAAGUACAUAUAUUGAACCUCAUAAUGUUGUUGUUAAUUUAAAUAAUUCAAAAGAAGUUUAUAAAUUAGAUAAAUUAUAUGAUAAGGGUAGAAAAAUUAAUUUAUCUAACAAUAUUUUAUUUUCUGUUACUACUGAUAAUGAAAAAGAAAUGAAAAAUAUAGAAAAUAAAAAAUUGCAUAAUAUUAUAAAUAAUAAUAAUAAUAAUAAUAAUAAUAAUAAUAAUAAUAAAAAUAGUCUAAAUAGGCAAACACUCCUUUCAUCUAAUUACUUAGAAUUUUUAGAUGAAAUAAAUUAUGAUUAUUUAAAUGAUAAAAUAACAAUAAAUGAAUUUCAUAUUUUAAAUAAUAUCUCUUUAUAUAAUAAAAUUAUUCAUAUUUAUAAAAAUGGAAUAGAAUUUUUUCAUUAUGAACAAUUAAGAGCAGUAUUCUGGAUAUGGAUUCAAUCUAUAUUUUCAGAAUCUUUAGUUAUAGAUGAAAAAAUAAAAAAAUCUAAUGAGGAAAAUAUUGACAUAGAUUUUUAUGAUAUAAAUAAUAAUAAAUUUUUUUAUGAUAACAUAGCAUACAAUAAUAACGAUGAUAAUUUGCAACUUCAUAUUUUAAGUGAUUUAAAUGAUUUUGAAAAAAAUUAUAAAUUAUUAAAGGAAUACUUGAUGAAUAAAGGAUGCACUACUGGAUAUAAUAAAAUUACAAGAAAUGAAAAAGAUUUGAACAAUAAUAAAUUUAAUAGUAUUACGAAAUAUGUAAAUAAUUUACAUAUUGAAUUUGAGGCUUUUUAUAACUAUAAAAAAAAAUCAAAAAAUUUAAAUGAUGAAUUAUUUAAUGAAUUUUUAGAAGAGAAAAAAAAAAACAUGGUAAUUAAUUCUGAUGUAGAGAGAGAAGAUUAUACAAAUUUAGCUAAUAUUGUCAAUAAACAUUUAAUAAAUAUCGAUAAAAUAUUAAAAUAUCAACCAAUCCUUGAUUUUAGUCAGAUAGUUGAAGGUAUAAAACAACAAAAUUUUAUUAGAACAAAUAUUGAUAUUAAUAAAAUAGAAUUAAAAGAUUGGUAUAAUAUGUAUAUUUAUCACAAAAAAAAAAAACAUCUAAAUAAUAAACAGAAUAUAGAUAUUGCUAGUUGUAACUAUAUAAUUAACUUAACGUCUAAUUCAUAUUAUAGAAUAAAUGAAAAACCAUCAACUUAUGCAUCAACUAUAUUUAAAUAUUCUGAUCAAUUUAUAUCUAACAAUGAUAUAUACACUUUUUCUGAUAAUAUUUACAAAAAAAAUGAAGAAUAUUCAAAUAAUGUAAAGAACAAACAAGAUAUAUGUAUACAUAAUUUUUAUCAUAUUAUUCAAAAGGUAGAAAAAUAUAUGAAUUGUAUUACAUACAAUCUUUAA